AUGGACUCUACAGAGCUUUUUACAAGCGGUAGAAAAAUAUCGAGUGACUUGCUUCAACUGGUUGUCCUCUUUCAACUCAGGCAAUCGCCAAACUAUCGGCAUUUGGCCGCAGAAGAGCAGAGAUUCCAGCUGUGGGCGCACAGUCUUGGGUUAUACCAGCAAGGACAUGCAUCUCUGGAUUACCGGGUUCGGGAUGCUGAAAUCGUCAAGUCCGGAUUCGCCCGCAUUCUUGAAGAACUUCAAACACAUAUAGAGAAUCUUCUCGCGAUAGAACGUAACGAACGCCUCCCAUACGAAGCACAGGAUAUCUCGAAGGGUGAUCGUGAGACAGUAGAUAACGACGGCGAUAGAUCGGACUCAGAGAGAGAUAAUUCUCCUGAAGCUAGCGAAGUAUCCUCUCCGAGCGAUAAUAGUUCGUUCCAUGAGGUUGAAUUCCGACUUAAUGGCCUGAAUGACGCUAUCACGGCGCUUUAUAGCCUUGCAGACAAGAUCAGAAGCUCACUUCAUCGGCCACAACGCAACAUACAUCAGCUAUACAAGCAUGUGCCAGCUGAAAAGAGAGAUGCGGAGAUACAGGAGAGAGAGGAAGUUGAGAUUGCGGCCGUUUGUUAUUUGCAUCGCCAGUACCUAAUGGAGAAUACCGACAAGACAGCGACGGCAUAUGACGCUGCUGAUGAAAUAUUCGCCAAAUAUUCGUCCGCAGGACAUUGGCUUCUCCGGAGAACUGGCAUUGCUAAUGCCCGCCGAAAGCAACAGUUUAUUUAUUGGAAAGAGCAUGUUGUUAGGCUUAACCAGAUGCGAGCUGAAUUGGCUGAGCAAAAAAUCGUUCAUAUUAACCCUGGAACAGACGGGCCUGUCCAGAGUCCUUUGCAGCUCAACCCGAAGUUCGAGAACACAGAACAGGCAGUGUUACCUGCCAUACCAAUCUCGACAACGACAGCUACAACGUUGAAGCCUGGCGACCUCAGAUCUGCCAUUUCGUACCAGACUCGGGUAUCGACAGUCAUUAGCCCUGGUGGUAAGAAGCUUGAGUGGCCAGAUCCGCCAAGAGUAGACCUCGUAGGCGGAUAUUUUAUUUGUCCAUAUUGCAAAACUUUAUGUCCUGAGAAGUAUCUUCAAAAGAAUGUGUGGACUGUUCACCUAAUCCAUGAUUUACAGCCGUACCAUUGCACAUACGAACAAUGCCUAGACCCGAACCAAGUCUAUGGAAGUCGACAAGAAUGGAUUAAUCAUGAAAACGGGCAUACGCGCGUGUGGCAUUGCCAUGAACACAGUGAAGAAUUUGAAACUCAGCCCGAAUAUAUUCAGCACUUGGAAGACUCCCAUCCCGAUAGCACUCCCGAGCAUUUUUCACCUGCAUUAGUUGCUGCCGCUGUUGGUCCCUCAAUACGGAUUCGCCGAGACUGCCCCUUCUGUCCAAGCGGCUUCUCUGAUAUUGCACAAAUGCAAUCACAUCUCAUUUUCCAUCUGGAACGGCUUGCACAACUUGCCCUCCACAAUGGCCCGAACGUUUCAGACGGCGAUACCGAGUCUGGGCAUUCAUCACAAAGUCAUCAGGGGCAGUUGCGGGGUCGAAAAGACUCGAUAUUUCGAGAUUUUGAUACAGAAGAAGACGAAUCAUCAUUUGCAGAGCUUGUAGCAAGCGAUGAGACAGCGACAGUUAAUACCCCAUCUGAUGUUAUCUUGAAUGAAACAACUCUUAGUGCUGUUUCUGGAGCAAUAUGCGCACCCAAUGUCAAUGAAUGGUUGCAAGAUCUAGUUACGGAUGAAUCGCCAGAGCAGACAAACACAGCACACGAAGACAUUUCAACCAGUCGCUCGCCGCCAAAGAGCAAUCUCAAACGUUUCCCUCUCACAGAGGAAUACACCAUAGGAUGGAUAUGCUCGAACUCAAAGACACUAUCCUUGGCGGUUGCUAUGUUGGAUGAAAGAUAUGCCUAUCCGACAGCCCCAAUCAAUGCCUCUUAUACAUAUAUAAAGGGAUCUAUUGGCCAUCAUAAUAUCGUCAUUUCAUAUCCGCGUAUCGAGGAUUCUAUCGAGGAUCCGACGAAGAAACUGAAUCCAAAUGACUUGCGCAUGUCAUUUCCUUCUAUUCAAUACUGUUUCAUUAUCGGAAUUGGUAGUGGAAUAUCCCCUAUUAUUCAGCUAGGCGACGUUGUCAUCACCAAACCCCCGCAGCACUUCCAACGAGUGAAUUCGAUUCAAUAUACAAACGACCUACCUGAAGCUUGGCAACACUUUCCUAGCUCCUUACUCUGGGCUUUAAAUCAGGUAGAAUUGGCGUGGAGCGAUUUCUAUUCGGGCACAAUACCAAGACAUAUCGAAGAAGCGAAGGAGAAGGCACCUCAUCUGCGUUCUUUACGCCUCAAUCCGGACCGAACGCAAGAUUUAUUAUUUCAAUCAAGGCCGCCCCGAGAUAUUAAAGUCCACUUCGGAAAGACCAUUUCUGAAACCUGGGUCAUUGAGAAAGAUACCAUCCUAAAUGAGCUCGGAAUUGGUUUUGAAAUUGAUAUGCUCUGUAUAGAGCAAAAGGCAGCGUACUUUAGGACAACUGUACCGUAUCUUCUCAUUAGCGGCAUCUGUGACUAUGCAGAUUCACACAAAAACGAGACUUGGCAGGACUAUGCGACAGCUAACGCAGUGGCUUGUGCAAAAGGCAUUGUAGAAUACAUUCCAUCUCAAGAUACUGAACCAGAUACUCCUCCCCUGCGAUCUUCCAAGGUGGAUCCUUUUCGCUGGCUGUCAGCAAUCGAUUAUCAGUCUCAACUGGACCACAACCUGACCAAAUAUGCCCCAGGGACCUGUCAGUGGUUUCUUGAAUCGGAACAAUAUCGAGAAUGGUGUAACCUAGAUGGUAAAGCACUUUUGCUACAUGGACCUCCUGGAUCCGGAAAAUCGAUGAUUGCGUCAAGAGUUCUUGACCACCUCUCCACUACAUUGCUCUCAGAGAAAUCAGCUGUUUUCUGUUACGCGUUUUGUAACUUUUACCGCGCAAAUGAGGAGAGGGCUGAAAACAUAAUGUGCAAUCUACUCAAGCAACUAUGCCAGAUCCAAUCGCCUCUGCCCCAAAGUGUCGAAAAUUUAUUCGCCCGGCACAGGAGUCAAAGAACUCAGCCAUCCCUUGAUGAGGCGGCAUUCAUUGUUGUUGACGGGUUGGACGAGUGUGAACCUUCAAGUGCAUCACAAUUCGUAUCGAAAAUCCUGGAUUUGCUCGUCGAUACAAGAGCAAAUUUCUUCGCAACUUCGAGAUCCCUUCCUAACAUUAUUGGAAAAUUUCGAGAGCAUAAUUCAAUCAUCAUAGAUAUGCCUUCAAAUUCAGCUGCUGACGAUAUUGGUCAAUACAUUAAAAGCAACGCGAAACGCCUCCCGGACUUUGUGAACCACAGUCCUGAUGUGUUGGAACAAGUAACUAAUACUAUUAUAAAAUAUUCUGAUGGAUUAUUUCGUACUGCCCGUUUUCUUCUUGACUCGAUAGUGGACUCAAAGACACCUGAGAGCAUGAUGGAUACUCUAGAGGAACAGUCACGUCGCAACGAUACUCUUGGUGCGAUGAUGACGAGAAUAAGAGGCCAAGAUGCAGACAGGAGAGACCUGGCUAUGAACACUCUUUUAUGGAUGACAUUCGCAUUUUAUCCUCUGGGAAUAAGACAACUACAACAUGCGCUCGCAGUGGAGGUUGGGGAAUCGAAUCUCGAUGAAGCAAAUAUUCCAGAUGCCGACGAUAUAGCCUCGGUUUGUGCUGGUCUAGUUGUUAUCGAUACAGAAAGAGAUACUUUCAGUUUCUGUCAUAAGUCCGUGGAAAGCUGGAUGAUCGAACGGCGCAACAAGCUAUUUCCUGAUGCUUGGCUCUACAUUACUAGAGCCUGCCUAACAUAUCUCUCGUUUACGGAAUUUGAGAGUGGAAUAGCCCUGAAUGAGGAUGACCUCAACAGUCGCUUCCAACAAUAUCCCCUUUAUGCCUAUGCGGCUUAUUAUUGGGGCUUUUAUGCCCUUGAGGCGAAUGCUGCAGCGGCGGCCCAGGUAAUAUUCUUGCAUAUAAUAAUCUUGAAUGAAGCUGGGGACCAAAUAGCAUAUGUGGCAUUGCCCGGAGUGUCAGUUGCGAUACAUGUAGCGGCAUUCUUUGGUUUGAAAGAGGCGAUGAAAGUUCUCCUGAAUGUCUUCGACGUGGAUCUCAAGGCCUAUGGCGGUUGGACACCGCUAAUGGUCGCGGCCAUGUCGGGACGAAACUCAAUGGUAGAGCUGCUACUUGCCAAAGGGGCUAAUAUAGAAGCUACAGAUGACGGGGGACGCACGGCAUUAUCGCUGGCGGUUUUCAGAGUGAGAGAAGAUAUGGUGGAUUUGCUAAUCACGCAUGGUGCCAAUGUCAACCUUCAUGAUGGUGAUGGCAGUACACCUUUAUUAACUGCAAUUGACAGAGGGGAUAAAGCCUUGGUACAGCUGCUAUUAGCUCGUGGAGCAUAUAUUGAGCUGGAGAGCAAAAAUGGCGAAGCACCUGUUGCAUACGCCGCCAAGAAGGAAGAUGAAGAUAUUGCCAGUCUAUUGUUGGCAGCGAGGCCGAAACCUUCCAUGGGAAAGAGUCCGUGA